GACCUUGACUACUCCACGACUUCUCCAAUCUCCACGGCUCGACGCCCUCACGCUCUCCGGGCGACGAUCUCCCUGAAGCUCAAGAGUCAGCCACGACAGCCAGUCGCUCAGUCAGCACCAAAUGCACUUUGAAGUUUGAACCAAUGACACUGCAAAUUUGAUUCAUACAAACCCUGCAUUAAAACCUCACUUGUUCAAAACCCAGCAUUGCCCAAUACCAAAAGCUCAGCCCUUCAGCUGCGUUAGCGUAGCGAGCAAGCCGAUUUCCUUUUCCACCUAUAUCUCCUGCACGCGGAACAAUGGCGGAACCCAAAGUAAAAUACGAUCGUCAGCUCAGGAUAUGGGGUGAUCAGGGACAGGCUGCCUUGGAGAAAGCCAGUAUAUGUUUACUUAAUUGUGGGCCUACUGGUUCUGAAACAUUAAAGAAUCUUGUUCUUGGUGGGGUUGGAAGUAUCACUGUUGUUGAUGGAUCUAAAGUGGAAGUUGGUGACCUUGGAAAUAACUUCAUGGUGGAUGAAUCAAAUGUUGGACAAUCCAAGGCAAGAUGCGUAUGCUCAUUUCUGCAAGAGCUAAAUGAUGCUGUUAAAGCCAGAUUCAUAGAGGAGUAUCCAAAGGAACUAAUUGAGACAAAUCCUUCUUUCUUUUCACAAUUCACCUUGGUUGUUGCUACACAGUUGAGUGAAGAUUCAAUGGUGAAAUUGGAUAGGAUCUGUCGGGAGGCAAAUGUCAUUUUAGUAUUUGCACGGUCCUAUGGACUCACUGGCCUUGUCAGGAUCAGUGUGAAGGAACAUACUGUGAUCGAGUCAAAGCCUGAUCAUUUUCUGGGCGACCUUCGGCUCAAUAAUCCGUGGCUAGAACUGCAAAGGUUUGCUGAAACAAUUGAUCUGAAUACAUUUGACCCUGUAAUUCAUAAGCAUACCCCAUAUGUUAUCAUUCUUGUAAAGUUGGCUGAGGAGUGGGUCAAAAGUCAUGAUGGAAAACUUCCAUCAACCAGGGAAGAGAAAAAGGCAUUCAAGGAUUUUAUUAAAUCCCGGAUGAUUGCAAUAGAUGAAGACAACUACAAAGAAGCAAUGGAAGCUUCAUUCAAAGUCUUUGCUUCUCGUGGAAUUAGUUCAAGCGUUCAGCAAAUAAUUAAUGACAACUUUGCUGAAGUAAAUUCUAAUUCAUCAGAAUUUUGGAUAAUGGUGGCAGCUUUGAAGGAGUUCAUAGCUAAUGAAGGCAAUGGAGAGGUACCUCUUGAGGGAUCAAUACCAGAUAUGACCUCCUCCACAGAGCUAUAUGUAAACCUACAAAAUGUCUACCAAGCCAAAGCUGAGGCUGAUUUUCUUGCUAUUGAGCAACGUGUGAGGGAUAUACUAAAGAGAAUUGGUAGAGAUCCAGGUAGCAUCUCAAAGGCAAGCAUAAAGAGCUUCUGUAAAAAUGCAAGAAAGCUCGCAGUUUGCAGAUAUCGCUCCAUUGAGGAGGAGUUCAACUCUCCUGCCCAACCAGAGUUGCAGAAGUAUCUCACAGAUGAAGAAUAUAGUAUUGCUGUGGGUUUCUAUAUUUUGCUUCGAGCAGCUGACCGCUUUGCUGCAAACUAUAAUAAAUUCCCUGGGCAACUAGACGGUGAGAUGGAUGAGGAUAUAUGCAGGUUGAAAACUACUGCCGUCAGCCUACUGAAUGACUUAGGUUGCAAUGGCUCCACCUUGACAGAGGACCUUAUUAAUGAGAUGUGCAGAUAUGGUGCUGCUGAGCUUCAUGCUGUAGCUGCCUUCAUUGGAGGAAUUGCAUCACAGGAGGUGAUCAAGCUAAUCACAAGACAAUUUGUUCCAAUGCCUGGGACGUUUAUCUUCAAUGGCAUUGACCACAAGUCUCAGCUGUUGUUCCUGUAGUAUUUGACAAGUGGUUGGCAAGGUGUUUCUUCAUUUGAUGGAGUGAGUGCAAAAUUUUUUGGCACAACUAUUUUUAGUAGAUGAACUUUAUCAGAGGAGGUGUGAUCAGUGUUGUUGAGGAUGAUACAUCAAAGUUGCAUUGCUUCAUUUGCUAAGAAAGUGGAAGAUUAUAAACUCAGCAUUUAUAAAGCGAUCAAUGAGACCAGGUUUUCCAAAGCAAACAAUGUCGAUUGACUGAAGCAGCUCGAGGACCAUUACCGGUUUACUAAUGAACCCUCCGAUAUACAACAUUUAGUUAACUUGUCUCCACCUCUGACAAAAUUCACUAAUCCCCUCUUCCCCACAUUCCUUAGUAUAAUUUCCACAACCUGCUUUCCAUGUGGUCCAUGCCCCAAUAGCGGUAACUUUGAGUGUUGCUUAAUGUUAACAUCAUUAUUGGAUUGAACUAAACCGUUCUCACUAGAUAUAUUCCAUUUUCAGCUAUAAUGGAAUCAAGAUCAGAUAUAUGAUCACUCACUGAAAA